AUGGGAGACCAGGGAAACAACCUUGGAAUGACGAAACCUGUUCACGGCAGCAUUGUUGGACUCCAUGUUGGUAGCCGUGUCUUUUAUUGCAAUCGCGCAACGUUGUCCAGCAAGGUCAAGAGCUCCUACUUUAACAGCCGUUUUUCCACUUGGAAAAACUUGGAAGAUGAUGAGAUGUCCUACGUCGAUCCCAACGGCGUUCAAGUUUUCUUUAUUGAAAGAGAUGGCGAUCUGUUCGAGCACAUUCUCAAGUUCAUGACGCGCAAUUCCUUGAAUUUGCCAUCCUUCCAAGACAACCAAACGCUCUGGCGCGACUUGCGAGAAGAAGCCAAAUUCUAUGCCUUGGAUAGUCUUUUCAAUCUACUUCAGGUUACUCAAUCCGUCAGGAUCAAUUCUUCCGUUAAGGGUAUCUUCCAUUGGCUCGGCAACCGAAGGCAGGAACCAUGCUCCACUUGCAUGGACUCGGGAGAGAUUGAAGUGGGUAGAUUCGAUGACAAGGACGGCCACUUCAUUCCCUCGUCUCUGUCCAAGUCGGUAUUGCUCCAACAUCACCAAAAACCAGUUCUGGAAACACCCCCAUUGGAUUCCUUAUUGAACCUCGACAAUGACGAGCUGCGAAAACUUGUGACACCGGAUCACAUUACAUGUACACUUUGGAAUGAUGCGGUUAUUUCACUUGACUCGGUUUCCAUUCGACCCUCUCAUGUAACAAUGCGCAUCCACUAUGACGAUUUGGAACGAGCCCAAGAGAAUUCUUUCAACCUAGAAGCCUCCAAGGAUGGUGUAUACUGGGAUCUUCUGCAUUUGACGUCUUGCCACCAAUCCCCUCAUGCCGGUCAAGAAAAAGCGAAUUUCAUGGUAGAUCUGGCCGUCUUUGUGCAACCCGACGGUAUUCCUCCUGCUGUUCGAUCGGAACAUUUCAUCAAGGCGGUGGAUCGGCUCUUGCGGCGAACUUGGGAGGUGGAAAAGACCAAAGAGUUCUACAAGUUCUUUCGUUUUGUGGGAGCCAGGGCAGGUCAAUAUCCUGACCGACGAGGAGGUAGCCUUGAGAUGUUUGGUGAUGUCCAUGAGGAGUAA